CCCAAUUUCACUAUAAAUACAUGCUCUUAAGCUCAAACAUACUUCACACCAAAACCUCUUUUCUUCUAAAUACUUUAAGAAUAAUUAAACCAAAGUGUGUUCGCGUAAUCUAGCAAAAAAAAAAAAAACAUGGGAAGAUCCAAGUUUCUUCUUCUCAUGGCUUUGUUCUUUACGUGCGUAUCUCUCGCUAAUUCAGCCCGGCCCCCUUUUCGAGCAAACCCUGGGAACAAAUUAAAUGCGAAAGAGCCGGAGCAAUAUGACUAUGGUGGAGGAUACGUCACAGGUCCGUGCAGGUACGGUUGCUGCUAUAGGGGAGGAAAGAACUGCAUCGGCUGCUGUCGUCACCUGAACACUAACAGAGUGGGGAUGCAGAAACGCAGCCGCGGCCAAGUCACAGAGGAAGCUUCUCCAGUUUGGGCUCAGAGCCGACCCUGAAAAGGGAGCUAAACAAUGGACAUGUUACCAUAUAACGUAUAUGGCUACUUUAAGCACCUUGUUUUAAUACAACAACUGGUACCAUAUAUAUAUCGUAGAUGGUAAGCGGAAUAAAGUAAGUGGCCUUUUUAUAUAUACGUCAUAACAAGGCCUAUAUAUAAAACUUUUGUAGUACAAAUAUUUAUGCGUUUAACAAUCCUAGAGAAAACUUUUGUAAACUGCAGAUUUUAUAUAUAUGGUCUAUAUGGGAUAAAAUAACCAUAGAAUAAACUUCGUUUCCUGGUCAGAACAAAACUUUUUUUUUUUUUUUU